AUGUCCGUAACGUCAGCGCGACAGGACCCUUUCCGUCCGGCCAGGAGAGUCGCUGGCCAGAGACAGGAUGUUUGGUCCAUCGUCAACGAAGCAGCGGCAGCAUCCCCUGUACAGCCUAUUGUGAAUAUGGGACAAGGAUUUUUUGGCUACAACCCUCCCCAGUUCGCGUUGGACGCCGCCAAAGAGGCCCUCGACCGGGUGGAGUGCAACCAAUAUUCUCCCACAAAGGGUCGACCACGCUUGAAGAAGGCAAUUGCAGAUGCAUACUCGGCUUCUUUUGGUCGCCAGCUCAACCCGGAAACCGAGGUCACGAUCACGACGGGUGCAAACGAAGGAAUGCUGAGUGCUUUUAUGGGCUUCAUUGAACCCGGUGAUGAGGUUAUCAUCUUCGAGCCCUUCUUCGACCAAUAUAUAAGCAACAUUGAGAUGCCCGGAGGCAAGAUUCGAUAUGUCCCCCUUCACCCACCGAAGGAUGGGGCGGUCAAGACCUCUUCCGCUGCUGAGUGGAAAAUUGACUUCGAUGAACUGGAGCGGACGAUCAACUCGAAGACAAGAAUGAUUGUUCUCAACUCACCUCACAACCCAGUUGGGAAGGUCUUCUCACGUGAGGAGCUUGAGCGCAUUGGUGCGCUUGCCGUGAAGCACAACAUCAUUAUCCUAUCUGAUGAGGUCUACGACCGUCUUUACUACACACCAUUCACUAGGAUUGCGACCCUGUCACCGGAACUCUACGAGCGAACCCUCACCGUUGGUUCCGCGGGCAAGGCCUUCUAUGCUACCGGCUGGCGCGUUGGGUACCUCAUCGGACCAGAGCAUCUGAUCAAGUAUGUAGCCGCUGCACACACGCGGAUAUGCUACAGCAGUGUGUCUCCUCUUCAAGAAGCCUCGGCUGUGGCAUUUGAGCAAGCCGAUAAGGUCGGAUUCUGGGACCAGAGUCGGAAAGAAAUGAGGCAGAAGAUGGACAAGUUCUGCGAGAUCUUCGAUGAGCUUGGCCUUCCGUACUCCGAUCCCGAAGGUGGUUACUUCGUCCUGGCCAACAUGUCCGCAGUCAAGCUGCCCGAAAACUACCCAUUCCCUCCUCACGUAGCUAACAGACCGCGUGACUUCAAGCUGGCCUGGUUUUUGAUCAAGGAGGUUGGCGUUGCUGCUAUCCCGCCAACGGAAUUCUACACCGACGAGAACGCACACAUUGCUGAGGAUUACCUCCGUUUCGCGGUGUGCAAGAAUGACGACGUUCUAGAGUUGGCAAAGGAGCGGUUGAGGGGCCUGAAGAAGUACAUUGUCCGAUAG